AUGCGGCUGCCACCCCCGGAGGUUGUGGCCUCGUGGCCCGUCCCCAACUACAUCAACCCAGAGAAGCAAGGACCCACGCUACUCAUUGUCGAGCUUACCACUCUCUCAAUUGCCCUCAUUUGUCUCGGCUUGCGGCUCUAUGCACGGAAACAAAGGUUGGGUGUGCUUGCAGCGGAUGACUGGUUGAUGAUAGCCGCGGCGCCCUUCGGUAUCGGUGUCACUACCUGCGUCGUUCUGGCCUUUGUCCGGUAUGGUUGGGAUGUCCACGUUUGGGACUUGACCUUCGAAAAGAUCCUGUCCGGCCGCAAGGUAUCCUUUGCGGCCCAGGCCCUGUUUGUCCCUGCUACCGCGCUGGCAAAGCUCUCGAUCCUGUAUAGUUAUCUCCGCCUCGCACAGACUAAACCCAGGUUCAGACGCGCGAUUUAUGGCGCUAUGGUUUUCGUCGUGGCCUUGAACGUUUGCUUCAUUUUCGUCCUUUUCUUCCAAUGCAGGCCAUCGCGAUUGUGUGUCGGAAGCGGCGACGCUGCUGAGCCAAGCCAGCACAACAGCCGUCGCCGACUUUGUCGUGUGGGUGUUGCCGAUACCGGUAUUCUACUGCACGCGGAUGGAACUGCGGAAACGGCUCGGCGUCAUCGCCCUCUUCAGCUUCGGCAUGUUCGUCGUCAUCGCGGCCUGUAUCCGUGCUACUGGAUCCAUUAUGUGGUCCAGGAGACGUAUGAUGUUACAUGGUAUGGGUUCCAUCUGUGGUUGUGGACGGCCCUCGAGGUCCAUCUAGGCAUCAUCUGCGGCUGCGUUCCUUGGAUGAGGUCCCUGUCCACCCUCAGGCGGGACAAGAGAAAUGCCAGAGCGCAAAAGGGAACUAUCGGCAACGUUAGCAGCGUCGCCGAACUCAUCAACAUGGACAGCAGCCGUCGGCGUUCCCUAGGGCAGGCCGCAAAGGUAACCGAAGGGGGUCCCGUGGUGAGAGUGGGCAGUAUCGCGUCCACGUCGACGAGGCGGGGCGGGGGUUCUCAAAGACUGGGGGGCGUGGUCAGGGGAUAUUUAGAGGACAUUGAGAGAGGUUCGAUAUACAGCAUUCCGCCUCCACCUGUGCCGGUGGAACCAGCUACCGCGGUGCCGGUCAAUAAAUCGGUGCGACCAGCCCACGCCGAGCUGCGAACCGACCGGCCGGUGGGACUGGCAGUCGACCACGUCCCCCCCAACACGCCGGGAUUGGCAUUGUGA